AUGGACGCGUUAAAGACGAUGAUACAGGAGGCAGCGAGGCUCAAGAGGGAUGAAGGCAUAGUGCGCCUGAGGAGCUGCUUUCAGUGGAGAGAAUUUGAAGGUGAUGAUCAGAUGCAGCAUAUACACCAAGAAUUUGUGUAUGAGAAUGUGAUGUACUCUGUACAGCGUGGGUUUCCAUGGGCUGCAGUGGCCCAGAUAGCAAAUCUGAGUAAAGAGCUCCUCCCUGAGCUUAGAGGUUUGGAGAGAUCUGAAGCUCUGUCUUUGAUCCAGGCACGGCUGUCACAGUGUGAUAGAUUGCCUCGUUCUCAUCACGCCACCAUGUAUGACUUCAUGGUGCAGACCUACAUCCAUCAUCAUUGCCUCUAUCAAGUUUUUUUAAAGAAGCAGGUGAACCCUAAACGCAUGCAGUCCCACCUUGAGAUUCAUGUUCCACUACAUCCCUUACCACUAUCUGAGGGAACAGAUUUGGGAGUUUGGGAGAAGCAGCAGGCUUUAAAAGACCUAAUGGCAGCCGAGACAGUAAAGCUUGAAGAAAUCCAUAGACUCAAAGAACAGGCUGUGGCACAGAUAAUGGAGAAGUCGACAGCCAGUCUUAGUGACCUUUCACUGGAGGACAGUCUAGACAAACAGGCACUGGAAAACAUGGUUCCCUCCAUUCUGCAGUCAGAAGUAAAUGUGGUAAAGGAGAUUUUAAUAAAGGAAAUCAAAGCUGUGCAAGAGCUACUGGAAAUAAGACUAAGUCAAACAGCUCUGCAAGAAGCAGAAAGCUCUUUAGAUGCAUCAGGCUCCUCACAAAAAGGCUCAAAGUCUAGCCUCACAAAAACAAAAAAGAAAUGAGGCUUACAAAAUGGUUUGCAAACAUUUAAAUUAAUUUAUUUCUUUUUUUUUUAAAUAAGAUGGCCUAGUUAUAUUGUGGUUAGCACUGUGGCUUUGCACCUCCAGGAUCGAGGGUUUGGUUCACGCCUCGGGUUUGUGUGUGUCAAGUUUGUAUAUUCUCCUUGUGCUUGGUGGGUUUCAUCCAAACACAUGCAGAUACGGCUAAAUAGGUUCCAAAAUUGUGUGUGUAUCCCUGUGACAGAUUGGCACUCUUUCCAGGGUGUACUCUGCCUCGUGCCCAAAGUCUCCUGGGACAGGCUCCAGGCCCCCUCGACCAUGUGUAUAGAAGGUAAAUGAAUUUAAAAAAAGAUAAAAAAAUUGGUUUUUAGUUACUGCAUUAUCCUGGUCAGCGACAUGUGGAUCCAAAGCCUAUCCUGGAAAUAAUGCUGUUUAGGACGGCACCAUAGGACACCACAUACUCAUUUAUUCCAAUGGUUAAUUUUAGCCUAUUCACUUCACCUUAUCACAUGUUUUUGGGAGGUGGAGGGGAAACCCACAAGGACCCAAGAAAACAAAUCUGACAUUCUGACAUUACAUA